GGAGAUCUAAUACAUGAUUUCUCUUACUCCUCUAUUUCGCGAUGCUAUCUGAGCUCUGUUCAGCUGGCUGUUGUGCAUGCAUGAGGAUCUCUUUCUUCCUCUUCCUUGUUCGAACAGCAGUGUAUCCUUUUACUUUUUGAUAUUAUUGAUCAAAGUUUCCAAUCCUCUCCAAGACACUGUUCUUCAUUAGAUUGUUAUCAGAUGUCCCCAAACGGACCAUAAGAGAUUAUAUUCGUUUUGCUUUGUGAAUAAGCAUCUUCAUCGUGGGAAACUAUUCUUGAUCUUGCCAACGUAUCGUCUUUGGUGAAAAAGCUUUCUGUGUAGGGCAUAUUUCCAUGAUGGAAGCGAGGCCUAAUCAAGAAGAAACUAGGGAAUCAAUAGUUGAUAUCUCAGAAAUUAUAUACGGCUUAGGCGCAUGGGAAGCUGACAAGGGAGAUAAGGUUAGAAUCAAGUACCAACUUUAUAGUGAGCACGGUGAAGUUGAAGAUGAAAAGGGGCCUUUAGAAUUGACUUUGGGUGUGUGUGAGACCAAAAAUACAUAUGGCAAAGGAUUUGACAAGGGGAUUCGCGGUAUGAAAGUCGAAGGAACGAGAGAACUGAAAAUUCUAGCUGAAUAUUGUCCAAAAAGUAUUCGAACCAAUUGGAGAAGAAUAGUUCGGUAUCGCCAAAGGGAUCAAGAGAUAUUUCACGUGACGCUUAUAGCAAUCUUGGAGUCAAGGUCCGACGCCAGAAGUACUCAACAAAAAAAGAGAAUGGUUGAAGUGCCUGCGGAGGUUCCUGCUGAUGAGCAUAUUGGCACAUCCAAGAAAGUGACUCCAUCAACUCAAUCCCAACGCCGGAUGAAUCCGUUCCCACUUCAGUUUCUACAGCUAGCUAAUGAUAAGAACUUCAAAGAUGUGACGUUACCAAUUGAUCAGGAGGUUUUGGGUUUAAAUGACAAAACUGUCAGAAUUGAGAAGGAAGAUUUGAUUCGAAUUCUGAUACAAGAUGAAGUUACCAUACAACAUAUGCAUCUGUAUAUGAUGUAUCUUUAUCGCCACUGCGCCUCUUUGGGCAAAAGUGACAAAUUUGGAUUCAUUUGCCCACUUCACAUCCAAGAUAUUGGGAAUGAAAAAGAAAUAAAAGUUAAUUAUCUUCAGAAUAGGCUCAGUGAAGACCGAGACUGUUAUUUGGCACCAUUUGUUCUUCCGAACCAUUGGCAAUUAGUAAUUCUUUGUCCGAAGGAGAAUGUCAUUUUCUUUUUAUGCUCUACUCACAGUGAACCGGGAGAGGAUUUGAAAGAGACAAUGAAUACGGCUAUGGAAGCAUACCAAACCAUGAAGGAUAAAAAGAAAUCAUAUCAACCGAAGGAGCCUAAAUGGAUAAUGCCUAAGAGUCAUAGACAACCAAAGGGAAGCAAUGCAUGUGGAUACUACGUGAUGAAACACAUGCUCAAUAUUGUCACCUUAGGCAAUACUAAAUUUUCUAAAGAGAUGUUUAACAUUCAGGAUCCAUUGUCUGAUGAGGAAUUAAAAGAAAUCCGGGUUCGUUGGGCAAACACUUUUUUAGAACUCACAAACCUGUGAGUUCAAUUUUUUUAGCAUAAUGUAGUCAUUACUCUGUGUGUGUGUGUGUGUGAAGUAGUUGAUUGCUCAAUCUCUUUGUUAAACUCAAGUACGUAGUUGGAUUCAAAUAAUUUGAACUACCUUUGUACAAAUCUGUGUGUGUGUGUGUGUGAAGUAGUUGAUUGCUCAAUCUCUUUGUUAAACUCAAGUACGUAGUUGGAUUCAAAUAAUUUGAACUACCUUUGUACAAAUCUGUGUGUGUGUGUGUGAAGUAGUUGAUUGCUCAA